AUAUCAAUUUUCAUGCUUUCCCUCAAGCUGGUGAUAAAUAUCGUGUUUGGGUUGAAGGAAAAUUGGGGACUAAAGUGUUGAUGGACCGACAAAAAGCAUGGCAACUGAAACUCAAAAUUGGUAAACCAAUUACUAAAAAUAUGAAAGUGUGUUCCCUUCAUUUUACCGAUGAUGAUUAUUUUUAUCGAGAUCCCACUUCCAAACAAAGGAGGUUUUUAAAAAGGACUGCUGUGCCUUCCAGAAAUCUUCCUGUUGGAUCUACAGCAAAGGAUCAACCUGAAAGUUCUGGCAGUAGCAGUAGUAGAACUGAAAGGUUGAGACAAAGAAAUCGGUUCAAAGACGCAGUUGAUGAUGAAGAAUGCUCUUGUGAAGAAAUUGAGCCUGCUGCACAUACAGCUUCUCAGGAUGAAAUUGAAGCUGCGGAAGGUCUGUUACAGCUUCUUCAAGGUCAGCCAGAUUAUGAUGGACCUAAAACUUUUAAAGAUUUCGAAGUGCAGGUGAAUACAACAAAUACUUCUUCUUUGUGUGAUCUGAUUAAAACAGAUAGUGCUCUGAACAGUUUUACUGGCCUGUGUAGUAUAAAUCUACUGGAUACCAUAGUAGAAGCAGUACAGUCUGUUUAUACUGAUCAAAGAGCACAUAAUUUAACAAUCAAACAGCGUAUUGUGUUGGUGUUCACAAAAAUGAAAUGCGAUCUCAGUUAUGUGACCUUAUCCAUUUUAUUUGCAGAGUUCUGA